UCGCUGCGGCCCGACCCCAACUUCGACGCGCUCAUCUCCAAGAUCUACCCGAGCCGCGACGAGUACGAGGCCCACCAGGACCGCGUGCUGGCCAAGCUCAGCCGGCUGCACAACCAGCAGGCGCUCAGCAGCAGCAUCGAGGAGGGCCUCAAGAUGCAGGCCAUGCACAGGGCGCAGCGGGUGCGCAAGCUGCACGCCGAGUCGGACAACGCGACGUUCAGCGGCGCCGAGGACAACUGCGACAGCCGCUCGUACGUGAAGACCACGGCCAACGCCACCGUGGACCACCUCUCCAAGUACCUGGCGCUGCGCAUCGCGCUGGAGGAGGCGCCGGCGCCGGGCCCCGACGCCGCGGGGCUGGAGGACGUCAGCGAGAAGCAGUACACCAUCUACAUCACCACGGCCGCCGGCGCCUUCACGACCCUCAACGGCUCCCUCACGCUGGAGCUCGUCAACGAGAAGUACUGGAAGGUGAGCAAGCCGCUGGAGCUCUACUACGCGCCCACCAAGGAGCAGAAGUAG